AUGGGCCCUUUCUUGAAACAGCUGGAUCACCCGAAACUGUUUCACGAUCCUGAGCUCGGGUUGGGGCCUAGAGAAUACUGCACAACAAAGACCUCUGGCCUGAAAGUGAAGGACCUGAUCGCAGCUGCCGAGUCCAAAAAGAAGGUCCAGGCCGAGGAGGGUGCAUCGUCCUUCGCAAGCCAUCGGGGCUUUGGCGUGAUUUACCAGGUGGGGCGCUGCGAGCUGCCGCAGUCAAAGGAAGAGCGGCUCGCGGCAGAGGUUUGCGAGUUGCGAAAGAGGCUUGCCACGAUGGAGCUCGAGUUGGAGGAGUUGCGGAGCAGGGAGCGGGAGGCCUCCAUCCCAGAGGAGUUCUUCGACUGUUUCGACUGA